AUGUCAUAUACCGCUCAAAUUGACACUUUUGCCAAUAGGCUUAAAGAAGAUGUUGAUUUCAAAACAAAACAUUCAAUAAUUUCAGAAUUAUCUGAUAUGGUUGAAGCUUUUACAGGUACUGCUGAAUAUGAACAUUAUUUAUCUCAAUUAAUUCCAAUUUAUAUCAAUUUAUUAAAUAAUGUACCAAUUACUUUUAAUAGUCAAUCAAUUGAACAUAAAUUAAGAAAUUCAAUAUUGGAAAUUUUACAUCGUUCAACAAUGAAUGAUACUUUCCAAAAUUAUGCUUUAGAAAUUAAUGAUUUAUUACAUAAAUUAGUUAAAACUGAAAAUGAAGAAAAUGGGGUUUUAUGUUUAAAAAUUUCUACAACUUUAUUUAAAUCAUACAAGACAAUAUUAGCUGAUAAAGCUGAACCUUUUAUUCAGAUAAUAAUUGAAAUGUAUAAAAAUAUGGAUCAAUUAGUUAAAGAUACAUUUGUUAAUAAUAAUAUUGCAUCUUCCACAACAACAGGUGUCACAAAUAAUUCAACUUCUAAUUCUCCAGCAAAUAAUUUUAAUUCUCCAAGACCAAUGUCACCUUCAUUAGAUGAAUCAAUAUCAUCGAGUCAAUCAAAUCAAUUAUCUAAAUCCAUGUUUUCAUUUAAAACAAUUGCAGAAUGUCCAAUAACAAUGGUCACUUUAACUUCUUCAUAUAAACAAUUGGUAACUUCAUCUUUACCAGAUUUUAUUCCAUAUAUUAUUCAAAUAUUACAAACUGAAGUACCUCAACAAGCUGAAGCAAGAAGACAAGUUGAAGAAAAAGGUCAAAGAUUAACUUCGGUUACACCAGCUAUUAAAAAUAGAUUAGCUUAUGGUGAUUUCAUCUUGGGUCAAGUUAAAGCUGCAUCAUUUUUAGCUUAUAUUUUCAUUAGAGGUUAUUCACAAGCUUUAUUAAGUAAAUAUACUGAAAUAAUACCUGGUUUAAUAAUGAGAUUAUUACAAGAUUGUCCAAGUGAAUUAUCAGCUGCAAGAAAAGAACUGUUACAUGCUACUAGACAUAUCUUAACAACACCUUAUAGAAACUUAUUUAUUUCAAAAUUAGAUUUAUUAUUUGAUGAAAAAGUUUUAAUUGGUGAUGGAUUAACUGCUCAUGAAACUUUACGUCCAUUAGCUUAUAGUAUUGUUGCAGAUUUUGUUCAUAAUGUUAGAGAUGAAUUAACUACAGAUAAAAUAUUGAAAACAAUAACAAUGUAUUGUAAUCAUUUACAAGAUAGUACAUUAGCUUUAACUGUUCAAAUUAUGAGUGCUAAACUUUUAUUAAAUUUAGUGGAAAGAAUCAUGCGUUUAAAUUCAAAAGCUGAAGGAAGACAAUUAUUUAUGUUAAUUAUUGAUGCUUUUACAAAAAGAUUUAAAGCUUUGAAUAGACAAUAUCCAAAUAUUAUGAAACAUCAUAAUGAUGUUGAAACAAAACGUGAAGAAAAGGAAAAACAUCAAAAAGAAUUAAUGAAGGCUGAAAAUUUAAGUAAUGAAGAUGAUUUAAGUUCUUUUGUUCGUGAAAAAUUAAUACCUCAAGCUUCUAAAAUUGAAGAAAUCAAGGAUAAAGAUGGUGAUGUUGAAAUGAAUGAUGAUGAAAAACCAAUUGGUAAUGGUGAUAACAAGACUGAAGAAUCAAAUAAAGAAUCAAAAUCAUAUGAUAUUUUUGAUAUUCAAAGAGAGGUUCCAAUUUUGAUUAGUCCACCAAGUCCAACUGAUCCAUUAAAAGAUGCACGUUAUUUAUUCCGUACUUUAUUACAAUUUUUGAAAACGAUUAGUUAUGGUUUAAAAAAUUUUAAUCCACAACCUCCACCAACUCAAGAUGAAGCUCAUAAUCAAAAAUGGAAUGAUUUUGCUCGUGUUUUCUCAAAUGAAGAAGUUACUGUCUUGAGACAUUUAUUCCGUGAAUGUAUAUCAGGUAUGAAAUUUUUUUCAUCAUCUCAUUUAAAUAAUCAAAAGACUCAACAACAAAUUAUGGAAAAUAAACAUAUGUAUGAGCUGGCUGGUCCUUCUCUACCUGUUAGUUCUUCUAAAGAGGAAAAAGAUCUGAUGGAAAAUUUUGCCAUAAUUUUCAUGCAUAUUGAUGCUGCUACAUUUAAUGAAAUUGUUCAAGCAGAAAUUGAAUUUUUAUAUAAUGCAAUGUUGAAAGAAUCUGCUUUGUUACAUAUUCCACAAUUUUUUUUGGCAAAUGAAAAUACAUCACCAAAUUUCUCUGGUAUUUUAAUUUCAUUUCUGAAGACUAAAUUAAAUGAAUUAGGAAGUGAUGAUAUUAUUAAAUCAAAUAUUCUGAUUAGAUUAUUUAAAUUAUGUUUCAUGUCUGUUAAUUUGUUUCCAGCUUUAAAUGAAAAAGUUAUUUUACCUCAUUUGAAUGAUUUGAUUUUAACUUCAUUAAAAUUAACUACAACUUCAAAAGAACCAAUUGCUUAUUUCCAUUUGAUUAGAACAUUAUUUAGAAGUAUUGGUGGUGGACGUUUUGAAAAUCUUUACAAGGAAAUCAUGCCUUUAUUACAAGUUUUGUUGGAAUCUUUGAAUAGAAUGAUUUUAAAUGCUCGUCGUCCACAAGAACGUGAUAUUUAUGUUGAACUUUGUUUAACAGUUCCAGUUCGUUUAAGUGUUUUAGUUCCACAUUUAAAUUACUUGAUGAGACCUUUAGUGCUGGCACUAAAUAGUUCACAAGAUUUGGUUAGUCAAGGUUUAAGAACUUUAGAACUUUGUGUUGAUAAUUUAACUGCUGAAUAUUUUGAUCCAAUAAUUGAACCUGUUAUUGAUGAAGUUAUGGAAGCAUUAUGGAAACAUUUAAAACCACUGCCUUAUCAUCAUCAACAUUCUCAUACAACGUUUAGAAUUUUGGGUAAAUUAGGUGGUAGAAAUCGUCGUUUUAUUAAACCACAUCAAGAUUUAGAAAUUAGUGAUCAAUUACAACAAGAAAUUAAUGCUAAAUUUAAAAUUGAAGGUUUAGUUGAUGAAGCUUCAUUAUCCAUUACACCAGGUAUAAAACCAGCUAUUGAAAUAUUGGAAGAUUUAACUGCUGAAACUCAUUAUAGAGUUAGUGCUUUCAAUUAUAUUUCUAAAGUGUUUUUAUUAUUUAUUCCAUCAACUGAAAUCCCAGAAGAUUUUGCCAAAACAUUAUCAGCAGCUGCAAAUAUGAUUUCACAAGAAAAAUUAGAUACUGAAAAUUCUAAAAUUGAAGGUGAAAUUAUUGUUAGUAAACAAAAAUAUAAUCGUGAACAAGAAUUAGCUUUACGUUUAUACAAAUCAAUAUUUUAUGCUAUUUCAAUACCUGAAACCAAAGAUGAAGCUAGAUCAUUAAUCAAACAUGUUGCUCAACAUUUCACAUUGUUAAGCGUCACUAAAGUCUUGACAGAAAAGAUUAAAAAUCAACGUCCUUUCAAAGUUGAUGAUAAAGAAGGUAAAGUUGUUAUUUCAGAACGUAUUGUUUUUGAUUCAAUUAUUUAUGCUUUGAGUUCAUACAUGAUGGAAAUUAGAGAAGCUGGUAUUGAAGCAAUUAAAACUGUUUUCAAUACAUCUGUAUUGGUAUUUGGCUCCAAAGAAAAAGCUUUAGAAUUUCCGGUAUUACGCUCAUUAUUCAAUGCUUUUGUUCAUUCAAGCUAUGAUGAAGCUUAUUAUAAUAAAUUAGCAAGUUGUUUGGGUCUAAAAACCAUGGUUAAUGAUUUGGGGAUCCCAAUUUCUUGGUUCAAGACUCGUCAAUUUGAAUUAGUUCAUUCAAUGUUUUAUGUUUUAAGAGAUACAAAUCCUGAAGCUCCACAUGAAGUUUGUGAUACUGCUAAAAAUUUGGUAUUGGAUGUUUUAGUUAAAGCUAAUGAAAAUGCGACUGAAGCAGAAGUUCAAGAAAAGGCAUUCCAAACUAUUGUUGGUGCUUUAGUUUAUGAUUUAAGUAAUGCUAAUCCAAUUGUUAGAGAAACUGCACAAAAAUCUUUAAAAGCUUUAUCUGAAGCUACAAAAGUAUCUGUUGGUUCCAUGAUUGAAAAAUGUAAGAGUAUUUUAUUGACUCCAAUUUUCGGUAAACCAUUAAGAGCUUUACCUUUCCCAAUGCAAAUUGGUAAUAUUGAUGCUAUCACUUUCUGUUUAGGUCUUGAAGAUUCAUUUUUAACUUUUAAUGAAGAAUUGAAUAGAUUAUUGAUGGAAGCUUUAACUUUGGUUGAUGCUGAAGAUGAAUCAUUAACAAGUGCUCAUAAAGUCUCUGAACAUCGUACAUCAGAACAGUUAGUUAAAUUAAGAGUUGUUUGUAUCAGACUUCUAUCAUUGGCAUUGACUAAACCAGAGUUUAUUUCAAGUCAACAAGGUCAUACAAGAAUUAGAAUUUUGGCUGUUUUUUUCAAAACACUUUGUGCAAAAUCUACUGAAAUUAUCAAUGCAUCUCAUCAAGGUUUACAACAAGUUUUAUCACAAAAUGCUAAACUUCCUAAAGAAUUGCUGCAAAAUGGUUUAAGACCAAUGUUGAUGAACUUGUCUGAUCAUAAGAAGUUGACUGUUUCUGGUCUUGAAGCUCUUGCUCGUUUAUUGGAAUUGUUGAUCACUUAUUUUAAAGUUGAAAUCGGUAGAAAAUUAUUGGAUCAUUUGAUGGCUUGGGCUCAACCUGCUGUUCUACAUUCAAUUGCGUUUGAAGAAUUAGAAAAUAACCCAACUGUGAAGAUUAUUGUUGCAAUUUUAAACAUUUUCCAUUUACUUCCACCAAAAGCUUAUACCUUCAUGGAAGAAAUUAUUAAAACAUUACAAUAUUUGGAAGAUAAUCUUCGUCGUAAACAAGGCUCACCAUUUAGAGAACCAAUUGCAAAAUUCUUGAAUCGUUUUCCACAGGAAACCUUCCAAUAUUUCUCACAACAAUUCCAUUUAAGACAAUUGGGUACCAAAUUAGCAUACUUUAUCAGAUUGAAAGAAUGUGGGGAUUUGAGAAAAGUAAUCAAAGAAAAUAUUCAUGUUUUCUAUAACAGUGUUUCACAAGAAACCCAAGCGGAAAAUAAAUCAAUCAAAUUUGCUAACUUCAUUGAUUUGGUGGAAAGUAUUGCUGAGGAUGAUGGUGAAUGGUUGAUCGCCCAUAAACAAGUCUUAUUAGACGUUUCUUCAUUAUCACAAGAAAUCAUUACUGUUGAACAAAAUGCUGUUUUAACUUCACCAAUUCAUUUCUGUAUCACACAAGCUAUUGAAAAAUUACAAUCCUUAUUUGUUGACUUUUUCCAUAAAAAUCCUAAGGAUUCAGAUAUCAUUUUAGGGUUUGUUGAUCUCUUAUCAUCUUUGGAUAUCUUGAUCUCUGCUGAUCUUGAAGAUUUCAUUUUUGAAAAAAUUGUCAAAUCUGAUGAUACUGAAACCCGUCAAGAGUACAUGAACAAGUCAAUCUUAUUUGUUACUGAUAAUAAAUCUUUAAAAUCCAAGACAUUCAUUUUGAAACAUAUUUUCAAUGCAAUUGUUAUAAAUGAAGGUUUAUCAAAUGGUAAUUUAGAUGCUUUGGCUCAAAAACCAACUGGUGCGAAAGUUCCUGUUUGGUUAGAUUUGGUUCAUAAUAAAGUUUGGAGAGCUUCAAAUGAAAUGAUCACAAACCAUACAGCAGGCUCUAUUGAUAACUUGAGAUUUGAAUUACUUCAGUUAUCUGCUUUAUUAAUAAAAUAUGCUCCAAGAUUAACAGCAGAUCUGAGAAAAGAUGUUAUCAAAUUCAGUUGGAACUUCAUUAAGUUAGAUGAUGCAUUAACUAAACAAGCUGCUUAUGUUGUCACAUCAUCAUUUAUUUCUGUGUUUGAAACUCCAGUUAAAAUUGUCACACAGGUUUUUGUUGCUUUGCUUCGUACACAUACUGUGGAUUCAAGAUUUUUAGUUAGACAAGCAUUGGACCUUUUGGCACCAGUUAUGCCUCAACGUAUGGGUCAAAGUGGAUCAUCAACAGGGUGGAUCAAGUGGGUUAGACGUGUUUUAUCUGAAAAUAACACUGUUCAAAAUUUGACGGUCUAUCAAUUCUUGUUUCAUCAUGCUGAUAUAUUUUAUAUUGCUAGAGAUCAUUUUAUUCCAAAUAUUAUUACUUAUAUGGGUAAGUUAACUAGUAUGGCAAACCCGGCUCAUGAAAAUCAAGUUUUGGCUAUUGAAUUGGCAGAAUUGAUCUUGAAUUGGGAAACUAAAGCAAGAGAAGAAGCUGAUGUUGGUUCUGUUGGUGAUCAAUCCGCGCCUGUUGCAACUUCAAACUUGACCGAAAAGGAAGAAGAAAAACUAUUAAAUGCUAAUGGUGCUGGAUCACCGGAAAUUUCAGGCUCUGAUAUUACAACACCAAGAGAUUAUCUUGUUCCAUUUGCUCAAAGGGAAGCUUGUGUCACAUUCUUGAUUAGGUUCAUUUGUAUUAGUUCGCAAAGAGCAUCUGAAAAUGAACUUGGACAAAAAGCUCUUCAUAUUCUUUACAAAUUAUUGAGUCCUGGUUAUUGGAAUGAAGUCACUGUUAAAUUGGCUUUCUUCGAAAAAUUCUUGGUUCAAGCAGAUCUUUCAAGCUCAAACCUGUUAGGUUACUGUCUAAAUGCUUUAGAUGUCUUAGGUAUCGCCUUAGAAGGAAAAUCAUCAUCUUGGAUCAUUGAAAAUAUCAGUUUUAUUGAAACAUUAUUGGAUAAAUGUUUACGUUCUGAUAACCAUGAUGUUCAAGAAGGUUUACAAAGAGUUUUAAGAAUUGUUUUGAAAGCUAUUACAGAAGAAAGCAGCUUAGAUGAAAAAGAACAAAACGAGGAAGUAAAAUCUUUCUUGACUUUAUUAACAACAAUCGUCUCUGAAGAUUUACAAAAUACCAAUUCUGUUGCAGCUGGUGUUACUUUGGCUUGGGCUUUAGCAAAUUAUUAUCCGAAGGCGCUUGAUACUCUCGUACAAAGUAUAAUUAGAACAUUUGCCAAAAUCUGUAAGGAUCAUAUUUCAAUUUCACAAACAGAUUCCGCUUCACCACAGGUUGAAUAUGAAGCCAAAAUGACAACAAAGCUUCUUGAAAAAAUUCUUUAUAUUUCGGCUAUGAGAAUUUCUACAUUGGGUGAUCAACGUCGUAUUUUCUUAACACUGUUGGCUCAGUUGAUUGAUCGCUCAUUGGAUGUUCGCUUGCUGAAAGAAAUCAUUGGUAUUGUUAGAGGAUGGGUUUUUUCAACAACUGAUUUAUUCCCUACCACUAAAGAGAAGGCUGCAAUCUUGGUCAAAAUGUUAGUUUUUGAACUGAGAGGUGAAUUGUCAUUAUCAAAAGAAUUUUAUCAAAUCAUUGUUGAUAUAUUUGAAGAUAAAUCUUUGGCUUGUACUGAGUUAACAGUCAGAAUGGAGCAACCAUUUUUGGUUGGUACAAGAUUGGCUGAUGUUGGUAUUCGUGAACGUUUGUUAUCAAUCUUGAACGACAGUUUAGAAAAGGAUAUCAACAAAAGAUUGUACUAUGUGAUUAGAGAACAAAAUUGGGAAUACCUUGCAGAUUACAGAUGGUUGAAUCAAGGUUUACAACUUUUGUAUGGUGCUUUUGAUGGUGAACAUAAAUUAAAGCUAGAGUCAUCUUAUCAAUUUGCUACACUUGACCAGAUUAAUUCAAUUGUUGGUGAUCAAAGAGGUGAUCCAAAAGAAGGCGUUGAAGAAUUGAUCAAGUCACAUGGUGAGUUUUUGGCCACUAUUGGUGAAAUUAAAGCUAAAGAUAUUCUAGCACCUUUGUCUAACUUGUUUAACAAAAGUCCUGAAACUGUUCAUGCUACAUGGGUCAACGUUUUCCCAGCUGCUUAUGCUUCUGUUACUCGCAGAGAGAAAACAAGUUUCAAAGAAGCGAUGGUUUCACUUUUGUCAAAAGAUUAUCAUACUCGUCAAGCUGAUGCACGUCCAAAUGUCAUACAAUCAUUAUUGGAAGGGAUUAACAAAUGUCCUGAUCUUCAAUUACCACCUCACUUGAUUAAAUAUCUUGGUAAUAGUUUCGACUCUUGGUACCAAGCUUUGGAUCAUUUAGAAUCAAUUGAAGAUGAACCACUGGUAGAAAACACAAUUGUUCGUGAAACAAAUCAAGAUGCUUUAAUUGAAAUGUAUGCCACUCUUCAAGAAGAUGAUAUGUUCUAUGGUCAAUGGAGAAGACGUGCUAAGUACUUCGAAACUGGUGCUGCGCUCUCUUAUGAACAAGUUGGUCUUUGGGAUAAAGCCCUGCAACUGUAUGAAGCUGCUCAAAUAAAGGCCAGAAGUGGUGUUUUGCCAUAUGGUGAAUCUGAAUAUUCAUUGUGGGAAGACAAUUGGAUUUUGUGUGCUGAAAAACUUCAACAUUGGGAUAUUUUAACAGAAUUAGCUAAACAUGAAGGUUUCACUGAUUUACUACUUGAAUGUGGAUGGCGUGUUGCUGAUUGGACUGCGGACAAAGAACCUUUGGAACAAUCUGUUAAGACUGUUAUGGAUGUACCAACACCUCGUCGCCAAAUCUUUGAAACAUUCCUGUGUCUUCAAGGAUAUGCUCAACAGAAAGAAACUCUGCAAGAUCUUUCCAAACUGUGUGAUGAAGGUAUUCAAUCAGCUUUACGUAAAUGGCAUGCUCUUCCAAAGAGAUUUAGCAAUGCACAUAUUCCUUUGUUACAUUGUUUCCAACAAUAUGUUGAAUUUAUGGAAGCAAGUCAAGUCUACGGUUCUUUGUUAACUACAAAUGCUCAAAACUUGGACAAUAAAUCACAAGAGCUGAAAAGAGUGCUACAAGCUUGGAGAGAACGUCUACCUAAUGUUUGGGAUGAUAUCAAUAUCUGGAACGAUCUUGUUACUUGGCGUCAACAUGCAUUUGGUGUUAUUAACAAGGUUUAUAUGCCAUUUAUUCCAGCAUUACAACAAGCUAAUGGUAACUCCAAUGCCAACAGUUAUGCUUACCGUGGUUAUCAUGAAAUUGCUUGGGUCAUCAAUAGAUUUGCACAUGUUGCUCGUAAACACAAUAUGCCUGAUGUUUGUAUUAGUCAAUUGACUAAAAUUUAUACAUUACCAAACAUUGAAAUUCAAGAAGCUUUCCUAAAACUUAGGGAACAAGCAAAAUGUCAUUAUCAAAAUGUCAAUGAGCUUAACACUGGUCUUGAUGUCAUCAGCAAUACUAAUUUGGUCUAUUUUGCAACUCAACAAAAGGCUGAGUUUUUCACUUUGAAAGGUAUGUUCCUCUCCAAACUGAAGGCUCAAGAUGAGGCUAAUCAAGCAUUUGCAACUGCUGUUCAAAUUGAUCUAAAUCUGGCUAAAGCUUGGGCUGAAUGGGGUCAUUUCAAUGAUCGUCGUUCAAAAGAAAAUCCAACAGAAAUGAUUUAUGCAAAUAAUGCAAUCAGUUGUUAUUUACAAGCUGCUGGUUUAUACAAGAAUGGUAAAGCAAGAAAAUUAUUGUGUCGUAUUUUGUGGUUGAUAAGUUUAGAUGAUUCAACUGGAACAUUAUCAUCAGCGUUUGAAUCUUAUAGAGGUGAAGUUCCUGUUUGGUACUGGAUCACUUUCAUUCCACAAUUAUUAACAUCACUUUCACAUAAAGAAGCUAAAUUGGUACGUCAAAUUUUAAUUCGUAUUGCUAAAACAUAUCCUCAAGCUUUACAUUUCCAAUUGAGAACCACAAAAGAAGAUUUUGCUGUUAUUCAAAGACAAGCAAUGGCUGUUGCUAAUCGUCAAAAUGGUGCUCAAGCAGAACCACCACGUCCUGCUUCAACUGGUCUUCGUCAACCUUGGGAAUAUGUGGAAGAAAUAAUGGGUAUUUUGAAAACUGCUUAUCCAUUGUUGGCCUUAUCAUUAGAAUCGCUUGUUGAUCAAAUUAAUCAAAGAUUCAAAUGCAGUGCAGAUGAAGAUGCUUAUAGGUUGGUCAUUGCAUUAUUGAAUGAUGGUAUUCAAUACUCAAAUCGUUUACCAAAUCCAAGAGAAGAUGCUAAGCUGCCACCAACUACUGAGGCCAAUAUAACUAGAUUUGCAGAUACUGUUUUACCAAGACAUAUUAGAGCUGAAUUUGAUAAGGAUUUUGUUUCUUCAAAACCAAAUUUGGAAACUUAUAUAACCAAGUUAAGAAAAUGGAGAGAUCGUUUAGAAGAUAAAUUAGAUCGCAGAUUCUCUAGUGUUAAUCUUGAAAGUGUUUGUCCACAUUUAAGUGAAUUUCAUCACCAAAAAUUUGAAGAUAUUGAAGUUCCAGGUCAAUAUUUGUUGAAUAAAGACAAUAAUUCACAUUUUAUUAAGAUUGAACGUUUCUUACCUACAUUACAAUUGGUUAGAGGUACACAUGCUUGUUAUAAACGUAUCAAAAUUCGUGGUCAUGAUGGUAGCUUGCAUCCAUUUGCUGUUCAAUUCCCAGCUGCACGUCAUUGUAGACGUGAAGAAAGAAUAUUCCAAUUAUACAGAAUAUUCAAUGAUACAUUAUCAAGAAAAGUUCAAACACGUCGUCGCAACAUUCAAUUGACUUUACCAAUUGCAAUUCCAUUGUCACCACACAUUCGUAUUAUGAAUGAUAAUGAAGCUGUUUCUUCACUUCAAGAAAUUUAUGAAGAUUAUUGCAGAAAGAACAAAAUGAAUCGUGAUCAACCAUUAUUAUAUUAUAAUGAAAAUAUGAGAGCUGCUUAUGAUCCUCAUCUUCCAAAACCAGACAUUAUGAGUAUUAGAGUUGAAAUUUUAAGUGCAAUUCAAUCAUUAAUUGUUCCAAAUAAACUUGUUAAAAAUUACUAUGCUGGGUUAUACACUAAAUUUGAAGAUUUUUGGUUGUUCCGUAAACAAUUUACUUCACAAUAUGCUUCAUUUAUUUUUAUGACUUAUAUGAUGAGUAUUAAUAAUCGUCAACCUCAUAAGAUUAGUAUCAAUGGGAAAUCAGGUGCAGUUACAACAUUUGAAAUGCUGCCAACUAAACUGGCAAGUAGUAAAACUAAUACCAAUUUUUAUGCAAAUAGUGGAUUAGAUGUUUCAGCACAACGUGCAGCACCAAUUUUCUUCAAUGCAGAAAGUGUUCCAUUUAGAUUAACACCAAAUAUUCAAACAUUAAUUGGUGAAGCUGGUUUAGAAGGUAUUUUAUCAGUCCAUGUUUUAUUAAUUUCUAAGGCAUUAACAGAACCGGAAUCAGAAUUAGAAACUUUCUUACCAUUAUUUGUUCGUGAUGAAGCUAUAUCUUGGUUUACUCAACAACAUCGUCCAUCUGCAGAUGAACCUCAAUUACGUGAAAUUGUUCGUGUCAAUGUUGAAUUAAUCCUGAAAAGAGUUCAACAAUUAUGUAAUGUUAAUAGUGCAAGUUCUGUUACUACUCAACAUAUCUUAGAUUUGAUUCAACAAGCUGUUAACCCAAGACAUUUAGCUGCUUCUGAUUCAUUAUGGAUGGCAAGUUUAUGA